CAACUUCAAUCGUAUUCGUUUUACAUUUUGUUAACAAAAAGUUACACGUUGCUAUAAAUUGCGAAUACGUAAAUUGUUUACGCUGAUCUCGAAUCACAAUCUUAUCAGAUUUCAUAAAAUCAUACCGGGAUUAAAAUAUUUAAAUAUGUCGUCAACUGAAGAUGUUUCCCAACUUAAAGCGGGACACCCUCCCGCAGUGAAAGCUGGUGGUAUGAGAAUUACUCAGCAUAAAGUGCCUCAUGUUAAGGAAACUAAAGAAACAACUACUGAAGAUUUAACUGGUCUCUCUGGCCCUUCACCAGUUCCAUCCAACCCAGUAUCAAUUGCAGGAGCUCCAAACCGAGGCAAUGCAGACUUUACGCCGCAGGCGGCACAAGUAGCACAUAGUCCUAAGCCUCCAACUCAUAUCAACGUUAAACCAAGCCCAAACAUUCAACAACCCAGGAAGUAGAUUAUAUAUGCACUGUAUGUUGCAUUAUUUACACAACUGUUGAUUAUAUUGUUAAUCAUGAUAGAUUGAUGAACUAUUAUAGGUGUUACUAGUUGAAUACCUUACUAUAACAUAUCAUUAAAUUUUGAUUAAUUGUUGAUCCCAAACUAAACGCAAAUAUUAAAAUUAUAUGCAGUUAUUGUAACAGUCUAUUAAUAGUGUUUAGAGAGAUCAACAGCUGUGCAAAUAAUGUUGAACAUAAAUUGAAGAAGAAUGUUUUUGGAUAUGGUUAGAUGAUAUCAAGGGUACCUAGAAUUUAUUUCUCUAUACUUUUGAUAUAAUGUGACUUAAAAGUGACUGUAUUGGGCAUGGAUAAACAUCAAGGUUAUUUGAUUUAUACAUUAUUUAAUAAUGGUUUGAGCAUUGAGUACUUAGUGUACUAUUAAUACUUUAUAUAUUGGUUACUAUGAUAUAAGAAUAAAGGCCUACCCAUAUUCAAAAACAAACUUAGGUCCA